AUGUCGCAUCAACGAACUACCUCGACCUUGGACGGAGUGAAAGAACCACAUUCUGUCAGUUUGAAGGUUUUGAGACUUUCCCGUCCAUCGCUUUCAAUUCAACAUCCACUUCCCACACCAUCUCCUUCACCACCUUUAAAUCUCAGCCUUCCCGCUCCUUCAGCCUCCCUCUCAUAUCCAUCUCCCACCCCUUCGAACUUUAUUCUCUCUCCUCUUCUCACACUCCCUCCAGCUUUUGGAUCUGCAUAUGUAGGAGAGACAUUCAGUUGUACUCUUUGCGCUAACAAUGAGCUCCCUUCUCCUAUUUCUCAACCCGCUCAAACUCAUACCUCUCCGGAUAUCACAAACUCGCCCAAUACCACGAAAAUAAUAUCAAAUAUUACUCUCACUGCUGAAAUGAAGAUUCCUUCCACACCAACUCCGAUAUUGCUCCCUCUUUCCGGUCCUGAGUCUUCCCAACAGGUCUCUACAACCUCAGGGGAAGAACCCCCGCAGGCAGAAAUCAUAUCUCAGAGUUCAUUACAGAAGGUUCUUCAUUUUGAUCUCAAAGAAGAAGGUUCUCAUGUUCUGGCUGUUACAGUAACAUAUACCGAAUCCUCUCCGUCCUCUCCUCCACGUACUCGCACAUUUCGUAAGCUAUAUCAGUUCAUCUGUAAAGGAUGUCUCGUGGUCCGUACCAAAAUCGGACCAUUACCUUUUCCAAAAUCUACAUCUACCAAUACUUCUUCAUCCAAGAAAUAUGCAUUAGAAGCCCAAUUAGAAAACAUCACAGAAGACAACCCUAUUACAUUGACUUUAGUUCAUUUGACCACGACCAAAGGAUUCAAUGCUACGAGCUUGAAUUGGGAGAUUGUACUAUCUGAUUCAGAAAAGGAAAAUGGAGGAGAUGUGGAAUUGGAGAGACCUGUAUUAGCACCAGGAGACAUUCGACAGGUUUGCUUCUUGGUUGAAGAGAAAGUUCCUGGGGAUGAUGGUGAAGUUGCGGAUAGUAUAGAGGGGGGGAAAGAAAGCGAAAUUGUAGAUGGAAGGUUGAUAUUUGGCGUGUUGAGUAUAGGGUGGAGAGGUGCUAUGGGGAACAAAGGGUUCUUGAGUACGGGAAAUCUGGGGACUAGGGUCUCGUGA